AUUCUCCACGCAUUCAAAAAAAUUUAAAUCACAUCUUCCAUAACAAGUUAACCUUUCUUCUUGCCAUCACACUACUACCACAGUCCCACAACUUGACAACAUGACAGACGACGAUCGUGAUCCACGUACCUUUCAAACAAAAACACUCGCCUCGCAAAAGGUGUUCCAGCCAGACAUCUUCAAAGGCAAGGUGUUAUUUUGCACAGGAGGAGGAAGUGGAAUUUGUUAUGGAAUGGUACAACAAAUCAUGCGUCAUGGUGCAAAUGCUGCAAUCAUGGGACGUAAAGCAGAUCGCUUGAAUGGUGCAGCAACUCAAUUGGCAAAAGAUGCAAAUAAUGGCACACGCUGUAUCGCUACCCCGGGUGACGUACGUAAAUACGAUGAUUUGAAAGCAGCUGUUCAAAAGACAAUUGAACAAUUUGGAAGGAUUGACUUUGUCAUUGCUGGAGCUGCUGGUAACUUCCUUGCUCCUUUGGAUGGUGUAUCGCCAAACGGAUUCAAGACUGUUCAAGAGAUCGAUAUGUUGGGCACCUUCCACACCUUCAAAGCCACAAUUGAUGAAAUCAAACGUACACAUGGAGUAUACAUUCACAUAUCUGCCACAUUGCACUAUACCGCCAUCCCCUGGCAAGCAGCUGCAUCAUCUGCAAAAGCAGGUAUUGACGCUUUGAGUCAAAGUAUCGCAGUUGAAUAUGGUCCUUUCGGCGUUCGUAGUAACGUGAUCGCUCCAGGUAUGAUCAGCGGAACAGAAGGAGCAGAUCGUUUAACCCCGAAAGGAGCAGAACAAAUGGUAGAAUCACGUAUUCCACAACAAAGGAUUGGUGUGAUUGAUGAUAUUGCGAAUAUGGGCGUUUUCUUAUUCUCUGAUGCGGCUGCUUAUUGUUCCGGUGCGAAAUUUGUAGUCGAUGGUGCUGCUCAACAUUUCCCUGGUCCUUGGUUGCCGUACCCGGACUCUCAAUUGGACCCUCAAGGAUUGAAAGAGUUGAUCAUGGGAUCAAAGCUUUAAAUAUGAUGUAGAACUUGACAGAGACUGCAAUGAUCAGGAAUGUGAGAUUGUGUCAAGACAUAUAAAUUCUGCGUGAUCAGACGUUGUCAUUAAGCAGAUAAUAUACUUCAUUAGUCCUUCCUCUAUUCAUGCGGUUUCUACCGGUCACAAGAAUUUGUAUUUCAUUCUCGAGCUAUGAGAUGGUUAUUUUCCUACAAAA